ACGACCCGCUUCCGGGGCGGGACUUCCGGCCGCGGGCCGCGCUGGGGGCGGGCCCGGAGCCGCUGGGGGAGUUUCCGGUCCCGGCUGCACGGAGGUGGCGUUCGCGGGCCGGACGGCGGCGUUGGAGCGGGGGCGCCCGGGGCGCGGGACGGGGAAGCGCGGGGGCCGGACUGCUCCCGGGUCACCCCCUCGUGCCGGCGGGAGGGCGGCGCCCCUCCGAGCAGAGCCGCCCCGGCCGCUCCCCUCGCGUCUGACUCGCCCCCCGCGGUCCCGGGCGGGCAGAGGCCGUGGGGCGCGCGUGGCUCCUGCGGGUAGGCGCCCGGGCCGGGGGUCCGGCGGGGGCGGUGGUGGCGGUGACUCCGGCCCCCCUCGCCCUGAGCAGGAGGCUCCGCCCGCUCUUCCCGCCUGCUCCCCCGGGGCUGCGGCACCUCGGGCCGGCCCCCCGCUUUCCUGGCUGCGGGCUGUCCGGACCCCGGCGGGCGGCGCUGCUGGGCACGUUCUGGCCGAUGCCCCCAUCCCCACUCCUGCCCGGGGCUCCUCCCGCUCGCCUGUUGGUGGUGGUCUCACCCUGUUCUGACUCCGGCUCUGUGUCCGCCAUGCUGGUCUGUUUCUUUGAAGCUGAAAGGGGUCUUAAGUUCCCAGAAGAGUCAAGCGUCUCUGGACCUCCGUGGGAAAAGAACUGGCUGUGACCUUUGCCCUGACCUGGAGGGGCCUCGCCUCGGGCUGAAUGGCAGCACCCACGCCCGGCCGUCCGCUGCUGACCCACCUGCUAGUGGCUCUCUUCGGCAUGGGCUCCUGGGCUGCGGUCAAUGGGAUCUGGGUGGAGCUACCUGUGGUGGUCAGAGACCUUCCCGAGGGUUGGAACCUCCCCUCCUACCUCUCUGUGCUGGUGGCUCUGGGGAACCUGGGUCUGCUGGUGGUGACCCUCUGGAGGCGGCUGGUCCCAGGAAAGGGCGAGCGGGUCCCCAUCCGUGUGGUGCAGGUGCUGAGCAUGGUGGGUGCAGCCCUGCUGGCCUCUCUGUGGCACCAUGUGGCCCCAGUGGCAGGACAGCUGCAUUCCGUGGCCUUCCUAGCACUGACCUUCGUGCUGGCGCUGGCAUGCUGUGCCUCUAAUGUCACUUUCCUGCCCUUCCUGAGCCACCUGCCACCUCACUUCUUACGGUCGUUCUUCCUGGGUCAGGGCCUGAGUGCCCUGCUGCCCUGUGUGCUGGCCCUAGUGCAGGGUGUGGGCCGCCUCGAGUGCCCACCAGCCCCCACCAACGGCACCCCCGGUCCCCCGCUCAACUUUCCUGAACGUUUUCCGGCCAGCACCUUCUUCUGGGCCCUGACCACCCUUCUGGUCACUUCAGCUGCUGCCUUCCAGGGUCUCUUGCUGCUAUUGCCGUCACCACCGUCUGUACCCACAGAGGGCUUAGGAUCAGGCCUCCAGGUGGAAACCCCAGGAGCAGAGGAAGAGGCCUUGCCAUUGCAGGAGCCACCAAGCCAGGCAGCAGGCACCCCCCCUGGUCCAGACCCUAAGGCCUAUGGGCUUUUCUCGGCCCGCAGCGCCUGCCUGCUGGGCCUGCUGGCCACCACCAACGCACUGACCAACGGCGUGCUGCCUGCUGUGCAGAGCUUUUCCAGCUUACCCUACGGGCGUCUGGCCUACCACCUAGCUGUGGUACUGGGCAGUGCUGCCAAUCCCCUCGCCUGCUUCCUGGCCAUGGGUGUGCUGUGCAGGUCCUUGGCAGGGCUGGGCGGCCUCUGUCUGCUGGGCGUGCUCUUUGGGGCCUACCUGAUGGCACUGGCAAUCCUGAGCCCCUGCCCCCCCCUUGUGGGCACCUUGGCAGGAGUGGUCCUCGUGGUGCUGUCAUGGGUGCUGUGUCUGGGCGUGUUCUCUUACGUGAAGGUGGCCGCCAGCUCCCUGUUGCAUGGCGGGGGCCGACCGGCAUUGCUGGCAGCCGGUGUGGCCAUCCAGGUGGGCUCUCUGCUGGGAGCCAUCUCCAUGUUCCCUCCUGUCAGCGUCUACCACGUGUUCCACAGCAGAAAGGACUGUGCAGACCCUUGUGGCUCCUGAGCCUGGGCAGGUGGGGACCCCGCCCCCCGUGCCUGUAUUUACCUCUGCUGCCACUGUGCCUGAAUGCUGCAGCCCAGGAGGCCCCCGUGCCAGCACACUCGUGGACACUCACACACUCCAUAGGAGACCCUGGCUCUCCAGGCGGGGGUCAGGGGCAAGGACCAGGCUUGGAGCCAGGGACUGGUUGGGGCUGUAGGGUUAGCCCCGGGGCCUGGGACCUACAUGUGGCUUGUGUAAUAAAACAUUUUUAUGUAA